AAAAAAUUAAAAACUGCUCAAACCCACUGACCUUACUGUGGUUGGUGACAAGGCAGUGUUCACACACAUUGACUCGGUGUUCAAAGCAGAACAGAUUAGUCACUUUCCUCUUGGGACAUUUACACAGACCCAUGGCCUGAUCUGUAUUUCACAAAUUGUCAAAGUCCCUCUUCUGGCAUACGCUGUAGAAAUAUGGAAAUGAAAUGUAUCUCUAUUUCUGGUGACUGCCGACUUCCUCUGACUCGGAUGCCACGUCUCUUCCGGCAGCGUCGCAGGCUGAUGACGUCAGAGCUCAUCAGCCCACAACCGAGGCGGUCGCCCAGGGAUUCUGGAGCCGCGAAGAAAGAAGUGGCACAGAGCCCCAGACCUCCGGUUAAGCGGUCCAUCACCGUGAGGAAGAUCGCACCGAGGAAGACGCAGGUCCCUGAAACGCCCACUCCUUCAGUAAGGCGGAGCCCUCGAAUUUCUGCAGAAGGGAACAAGGAGAAUGAUGGGUCCACAGCUGGAAAGCCAGAGACGAAAAGAUCCACCCCGGCCCCUAAUCCAGCUCCCGCUGCAUCUCCUCUGCGGCCCACUGCCAUGUCCCCUAUCCAGGCUGUGGCCCCUCGCAGCACCCAGGAAAAGCAGGACCUCCACAGUCUAGAGUGGUCCCAGAAGGUGCGGCGCUCCUACAGCCGGCUGAGUUACGGGGACCACUCCUUCACCGGGUCUCCGUCAUCUCCUGUGCCCGACCGCAGAGACACGUUCUUUGGCUUUGAGCAGCUGCAGACUCCGCCGGUCGUGGCCAGGAAGUCGGAGCGGUCGGGGCUGAGGACAGAAGCAUCCAUCUGUGGGGGCUCCUUCACACUGCUGGACGGGAGCACCUGUGUGGCGGACCCCCCCGAGCCAGACCUCAACAUCCCCGGGGUGGUGGUGGUGAAGGAAAAACGAAAAAGGUUUAGAGCACCACAGAUAAAAGUGAGUAUGAAGAUAAGAACCACAUGGUCUUUCUGUCACUGUCUGGAUUUACUCAUCCAUCCAUCCAUCCAUCCAUCCAUCCCAGAUGUUCUCAAACAUCCCUUUUGGAGGACACAUCAGAUGUGUAACUUUUACUAUCCAUUAGCUCAUAUU